AUGGCACCAGUUUGUGCUUCUUCACCAGCAACGACCGCUCCUGCAGCUGGGACUUUCACGUUGCCGCUUGUGGUGCUGUUUCUGUACCUCUGCUGCAACGACGCGUACGUUGUUACUGGUGUUGAUAUCCAGCUCCAAACAGUGCACAUGUUGAUCCGCAACAAUUUGACCUGGCAAACGUUCUUCAACAAGCAGGUGUGGCUCGCAUACGUCGUCUGGUUCUUUGGACUCGCCGUCCUCGACCUCGUGGUGCCCGGGUUCUCCAAAAGAGGCACCCAGCUGAGAGACGGUACUUAUUUGACCUAUCUGAUCAAUGGCAGGGAAUUGAGUCUGCUGCUCUGUUCUGUGCUCGGAGCAAGGGCCUGGUACACGCGUGGCCGCAUCCCGGAGCUGCAGUUCGUGUACGACAACUUUCUCGCGUUGUUCCUUGUGUCGUGGCAGUUCUCGCUGCUUGUGAGCACAUUCGUCUACAUCUGCUCGUUCCUGCCCCUCAGAAGACCGAACGGCGCCGGCUCGUACGAGCGCAUUCUUGCCGAGGGUGGCAACUCGAAGAACCCGCUGUUCGACUGGUUCAUCGGCCGCGAGCUGAACCCUAGAAUUGGUUCUUGGGACAUCAAGCUCUUUUGCGAGCUCAGACCAGGAAUGCUGCUGUGGCUGCUGAUCGACCUCUCCUGCGUACAGAAACAGUACCUGGAAAUGGGCUCUGUGUGCAACGCGCUGCUGAUUGUCGUGGCAUUGCAGACGUUCUACAUCUUUGACGGCGUGCUCAACGAGGAAGGUGUAAUUUCCAUGAUGGACAUCACCACAGACGGGUUCGGGUUUAUGCUGGCAUUCGGCGACCUGUCGUGGGUGCCCUUCACCUACUGUCUGCAGGCAAGAUACCUGUCGAUCAAGCCAGUGCAAUUGAGCCCCUACGCGGCCGCAGGGAUCGUGCUGCUGAUGGCCGCUGGCUACUACAUUUUCCACUCCUCAAACCACCAAAAAAGCAUGUUCAGACAAGGUCUGCUUCCAAACAUGAAGAGCAUCCAAACAGACCGUGGUACGAAGCUGCUGGCCGAGGGCUGGUGGGGGCUGUCGCAGCACAUCAACUACCUGGGCGACAUCCUCAUCGCAUUGAGCUGGUGUCUUCCAACAGCAUUUGGCACGCCGUUGACGUACUUCUACGUGAUCUACUUCGCGGUUCUGCUGUUGCACAGACAACAGCGAGACGAACACAAGUGCCGUACCAAGUACGGCAAGUACUGGGAGCAGUACGAGAAGCUUGUUCCUUACAAAAUCAUCCCCACAAAGAACAAGAACAGCGACACAAUCGUGCUCAUGACAAGACCCGGGCUGAAGAAGCUGUACUUCUCGAACAGCGAUCCGUCUGGCGCCACGAACGGUGUGCUUGUGCUAUACGAGGAGCCCUGGCUGGCCUGUUCUGCGGCCUCCUCUAAGAUGGUGGCGGUUUCGUCCUGGAUCAUCUCGUUGAUCUCCUCGAACGCCUGGUCCAGCUGCUCUUGCAGCGACUCGUAG